UUUCUUUUAGUGGGAGCCCUGAGUUUGCACUAAUAGGGUCUGUAGGUUAUUGGUGAAUAGACUGAAAAUGUUAGUAUUUUGUUAGCAUAUUGUUUGUGGUAUUUGAUAGACUAGGACAUAGAUUUCACUAUAUUACACGUUUCCCACUAAUUCCUUUUGGUCUGAAGUUCAGUCCGAAGAGAAGGCAAAUGGAUCUGAAACAUUUUUAACUGGCAGGCAAAGAUCUUCCCCUGCUUUGCUCAUUGAUCUGUUUCAUGAGAUCACACAACACUGGCGUUCACGUAUAAAACGGGACGGAUCUGUUCAUGUUUUUCUUUUAGCGCUGCAAAAUUUUGCCAGUGCAGCCCCCGCGGGGGUCCGUGUCCGAAUACGAAGGAGCCGAGAUAAUGAGUUCGUUUCGUUGGCCCAAUGGCUGGAAAGCGCCCGGAUCGCAAAGCUGUUUCAGCUCCUGCAGGCCUGUGUCCUGCACUGAGCUCUGUCGCCCAGUAAAGCGUCCGUGCACUGAACAGCUCAUACCGGGCUAACGCGCAACUCCUUUGUCUUUGCCACAUCAGCAGGUGGGUGGGAUCGGGCAGAUCACGACACCCGGGCAUCUCACUAAGUAGGCGAGUCACCCUGGGGGCGACCUGUGCCCGCACAAAAAUUCUUCUCACAUUAGCAGUGAGGACCCGGGCGUCACCCCGGAUCGUUAUUUUCCUUACUCAUAAGUUUAAGGCAUACUGAGAAACUGCAGCGGCCGGACAGGGGGGCCGAGACGGAUGCUACAAGAGUCAGGGUGAGCAAGGCGGCAGUUCCACCCCGGAUCCAGGUCAAGCCUAGCCGCAGUCCCAGACCCUCCUGACGCUUCCACCCGUGUCUCUUUUCAGCGUGAGCGUUGUUUUCGGGGUAGAAAUCGACCAGGGUAACCGUCGUCGCGUAUGUAAAUUAGAGUCUUCGGCCGCACGGGAUCGUGGGAACCGCGCGCCUUUACUUCUCGUCCUCUUUGCGGCGCGCGCCCGGGAGGGGUCGCGCGACGCAGCGCCGUUGCCGCGCGGAGCUGGGCGGGGAAGCGGAAGCAGUUUAGUCUCAUGUCCGGGCCUCGCUCGCUGCGUCUUGUCUCUGGGCCCCGCGACAAGAUGGCGGACCUGUCCCUGGACGAGCUCAUCCGGAAGCGCGGUGUGACUGUGAAGGGGAGACUGAACAGCAGGCCAGUAUUUGGAGGCAUUCGAUCUCGAAUUGGGAUUCAGCAAACUCUUCUAAGUAGACCGACGCCAACCAUCAGCUUCCAACGGACGUUUGAUGCCCGGCAAAAGAUUGGCCUCACUGAUGCCCGACACAAACUGGGAGUUAAAGAUGCUCGGGAGAAACUGCUUCAGAAAGAUGCUCGGUUCAAAAUCAAAGGGAAAGUGCAGGAUGCCCGGGAAAUGCUGAAUUCCCGCAAGCAGCAGAGUGUGCCUGCUGAGAAGGUGACCAAAGUGAUAGAUGCCAGAGAGAAGAUCAGCUUGAAAAGGAGCGCUCCUACUGCUGCAAUUGUAAGUCCAGCCGUGGGGACAGUGACCCCAGCCAUGAAGAUCACCAAAACAAUUCAGCAGAAGGCUGCAGCCCCAGGACACUCUCAUCCUGCAGGAAUGAGGAUCAAUGUAGUGAACAACCACACACAGAGACAGGGCCUCUAUGACAUGGAAGAUGAUGAUGAAAGCGUAUCUCCCCUUCCUAGCAAACAGAUGAAAAUCACCACCACAAACAGCUUCCUGCACAACGCGGCUGGACUGAGUGGCAAUAAGUUCUCUCUUUCCAAGACGGUCCCCCUCACCAAAGUGGUCCAGAAUGACACCUAUACAGCCCCCCCAGCACCUCUCUCACCCAUUCGGACAAAGGCCCUGACAAACAUGUCCCGGACCUUGGUGACCAAGGAGGAACCACCAAAAGAACCAGCACCUGUUGAGCCGGUGUUCAGCCCUUUGGAAGGUACAAAGAUGACUGUGAACAAUCUGCACCCCAGAGUCACAGAGGAAGACAUUGUUGAGCUGUUCUGUGUGUGUGGCGCUUUAAAGCGGGCCCGUCUCGUGCACCCUGGAGUGGCUGAAGUGGUCUUUGUGAAGAAGGAAGAUGCCAUCACAGCAUAUAAAAAAUACAACAACAGAUGCUUAGAUGGGCAGCCAAUGAAGUGCAACCUUCACAUGAACGGGAAUGUCAUCACAUCAGAUCAGCCAAUCUUGCUUCGAUUAAGCGACACCCCCUCUGUGAAGAAGGAAGUAGAACCACGGCGGUCGAGUGCAGCUGCCUCCUCAAAUCCGCCAGCUGAGGUGGACCCUGACACCAUUUUGAAGGCGCUCUUCAAAUCCUCGGCGGCCUCUGUCUCUGUGCAGCCCACAGAAUUCAAAAUCAAACUCUGAGAAGAGAAGAGUGGAGGCGAGCAGUGGACUGGAAAACUUGCUGAAGGCAUGGAAUGGGGAGAAUCACGUGGGAGCGCAGGUGUUUCUGUGUUUGCCCACCUUGUGUUUUUUGUUUUCUAUGAUCGCUACCUUCCUGUACAGUAGUGUUCCCUCUCAUGUGUGUAUUUUCUGUUUUCAUAGUUGGAGUUUUCUUCCACAUUUUUCCAAGAGAAUAACCUCCCCCUUCUGCCAGUGAGAUAUAUUACCAAGCAUAGACCCAUGCAACUCCCUCUUUUGCUCCACACCCCCUUGUGGCCAGCUAUUAAAAGUGCACCUAGAGACUUUGAGGGAAGGGGAAUGAUAAACAGAACCUCUUGUCCUACGGCUAACAACCUCUGACCGAAAGGUGAAGCCCCUCUGUUAUUGUCGCUUGAUACCAGAUUUAAUUUUUAAAGCUGCUGCAUUUGGGGUGGAGCCAGGUGUGAUGCUCAGAAGCAAGUAGCAUUUUGACAGUUUUGUCUCAAACCUGGUAGGAUACAACUUCUGCCUAGCUGUUAGAAGCUUUGCUGAUCAGCAGCUGUGACGCUUGGAGGCACUGAGAAGAAUCCAGCUCCCCUGUUUAUCAGCUGAUGGAAGAGUUUGGGCUGUGGGGAGAAUAUAUGCACAAGUGCAGACAUACCGCAUCUAAUUUGCUGUCACAGUUAAGCCUCUGCUAUUGUCCUGGUGAAGUUCAACAUUCAGUAACACACUGAGGGGGAGAAAAUAGCUCAGGCUUCUGUGUAACGUGAAUAUAUCCGCUCCUUAGGGUACCCCAGGGUGAUCUGCCCUUUCCUUCCUCUUUCUGGACUAACUUCAUGUGAGAGCAGGGACUUUGACCAGAAACACUAGAAAUCGAGUGUUUCCCUUCCAAUUAGGUUGAAUCAUAUCAUGUUCUCCCAACCCCUGCUGUCCAUGUAGGGACAUGAGCUUUUUUAGUGGGUGGGGUGGGGACUGGGAAGUCCUUCUAGCAUCUCCAGUCCAAUUUUAUGGAGAGGAGUGGGUUGGGGAGUAAGUCAUGUACUAAUAUGUAGGAAAUAAUCCUCUUGUCCACCUGCUGUGAAGGAGUAUCAAUUGUAAAAGGGCUCCACGUGAGCUAUGCUUGGCUGCUAUGCAGAACAGCUGCUCAUGUACAUGGGCUGGAAGGAUGGUAGAGGCACUUCAUGGCCUCAGAGGGAUGGCUGUUGGGAAACCAGUGUAAGGGAUACAGCAGAGAGGAGAGCAUGGAAACCAAGCAAGCCCCAGGUAGAGCCACAAGAAUGUACCUUCCAAGGAGGGACUGUUCGUCUGUGAUGAGCCAUUGGCCACUAGGUGGCACUUGCCGUGCUCCCAUUGUUAGCAUAGCAUUAACCCAGUGAAAAUUGGGAAAUCCAGGUAGCUCUAACUCUAUUAGUUUCAAUUGUAUUAUGAGAAAAGAGGGAAGUGAAAACCACCCCAAAAUUUGUCUGAAGUUUGAACUUGAUCCUUCCAGCUAUGAAACUAACCAAUUCUAGUCAGCACUGCUGACAUUCUUUAGUGAACUCUGUCCAGUACCAUUGUAGAUUCAGACUCCAUUUCUUGGUGGACCCUAUGUUUCUUUUGCACUCUUGUUUUGUGCAAACUCUUUGUUCUGUCCGGCGGCUACAAACCAUUCCUCUCUCAUGCCAUAUCACUCGUAGCCAUGGAAAGAACUGAGAACUCAACAGAACUUGCUUUUCUGAGUACUCAUUGUAUCUGGAAAAUAACUGCAGUUAUCGGGGAGGCUUCUUGUGAACUGCAAGUGUGUGGGGGAAGGGUUUAAGACACCAAUUGUUCCUCUUUUAGAUCACCCAUCAGACAUCUGUGUUUUAAUAAAAGGGGGUGGGAGAAGGGAGUGUUAGGGGUGGGAGAAGACUAUGUAUUAUCUGUUUCAGAAUAAAUGUUUGUUAUACAGAGAUUGGAUUCUAAACUUCUUAAGACACUGAGGAAAUUGAGAGGCCAGGUCAGUUGAACUUUGAAUCAAGCCUACUGCUUCAGUGGUAGAAAGAAGUUGGGAAGUCUCAAAUCAGUAAUGUUGGUUCAGUGAAUGCCAUACAUAGUUAAGCACAAGGUGAGACAGUGGGAGGAGAGUGCAAUCUUGGCUCAACUCAGGCAAUUGGUACUAAUAUGACAAAGCCUUACAACUUUGGUGCUGAAGUUCAGCCCAGCUCACUAUGUCAUCAGAAUUAUUACCAGCUGAUAGCUGGCUGCUGUCCUAUGAUGUGAAAUGAGAUUGGUUGGCUUGAUCUAGUUUUUAGUAGCUAGGUAUCCACACUAACAAAAUGGACACUGUCAGUCCACAUUAUUGGCAGCUUGAAGGCAAAAGAAUGAAUGGAGCUUUGAGACUGAACAACCCUCAGGGUUGAAAUAUAUUGGUGAGACGAUGUGGAGAAACUUGCAUUGCUGCUGUCUCCUCCGUACCUGUUCUGAGAGAGGCCUUCAGUUUACAGGUCUUUUAGGUAUCUUUCAGGAGCACUAAGCUCACAACAAACAUUUAAUUAAAGAGUAGAUCCUAACUAUGCACUAUCUGACCCUUUUGGCAAUUCUCACUUCAUGAAGGUCUACAACAGUUGUAACAGUGGAGGGGAAAAUAUGUUCCAGUGUUCAUUUAUACAAUAAUCUUUUUGGAGCAGGGACAGCACGGAGCCCAAUGGGCCCUGAAUCUGAGUAAGGUCUUUCAGUGCUACUGCAAUAUAAAUAAGGCAACAAGAACCUGGGAACCUUACACAGUAGCACAACUCUCCUGCCUGCCUCGGAAAACUUUUGUCUGUCCUUUUCUCCCAGUAAUAAUAUUUUUAUCAGGACAGAUGAAAUGUCUAUAAGGCCAUUGACCUUCCAAGUGGUGGAGUGUGUGUGUUUGAUGAUAACCACAAGAAUUCCUGUGCUGCAUCCCUAUUUUUAAACAUCCAUAUGCUCUGUGGUGGUGUAUUUACCCAGCCCAUCAUGGCCUCCUUAGGACAGGAGACUUGAGUUGUCUGCAUUGCAAAGCCUCUUUACGUGGAUGCUUACCUUCCUUUUCCCAUUUGACAAGAAACAUGGUGGUCUUCAGCCUGGAGCAACAAGCCCUAGAACAGCCACUGACCACUUAGCAAGCAUGUAAACAGAACCUACAUGGUGACAGGCUUUCAAGGUUUAUCUUCCUGAUAAAAAUGCAGCCUCAAGGCUCCAAAAGGGUUUGUCACUACUAUGAGUACUGCUCCAUGGACACCAACCUGCAGUAACACUAAUCCUUUUAGAGAACUGUUGCCCUGUUGAUCCACAGUUAGUUCCAAAGGCAGAAAGGCAUGGUGCAUUCUGGUGUCUCUCUGUCUAAAAAUGUUCUCCAUAGUAGUUUAUUAUGCAGUUAACAAGGAGCUUUCUGGUUUUAUACACUAAGCCUCGGCCACAGCUGGAGAAAGGAUACAGGACUAGGUGGGUCACUAAUCUCCAUAUUUUUGGCAUAGGAAGUUCCUUUACUGUUAGGAUGAUGUGAAUGUAGACACAUGCAUUAAUGGUAUUUGUUUAAGGAAGAGGUUUAUUAAGAAUGGUCACAUUAUUAACAUUGUGAUCAUAGGUCAAACCUGGGAUAAUUUAACUGACAUGGAGAUUUAUUUAGAAGGCCAUGGCACACUUCUAUUUCCCUACAGCCCAGAAGCUCAAGGCUGACCAUUGAGAAUGUUCGGAUUAUACAUAUACUGUAAUGGAGAGCCUGGGUCAAAGGUGAGUUCUACUAACAAACCUUAUUUGUAGAACUCUAAGAUAAUUAGUAAGUAACCAAAAAAAAAAAAAAAGUGCAUUUAUGUGUUACCUGUAAAGGCGUAGCAGUGGGGGAUCUUGAACUUGGUCAUUCCUGAGACUUUAAAUCUAAUGAAGGUCACCUUUCCCAUGAUGUCUACAAAGUGUUCAAUCAUUUAUCCAUAUCCAUUUUUAUUCAUAAUUUAAAUAAACCAAAUCUUGCCAUCCUUACUGGA